ACACCGGAAAUGAUUUGUAUGUAUAAUAUGUUUUGGUGCCAACACAUGCUCACUCUCUCGCCCCCUGCAGGACGGAAUGGAAAAUCUGCUCCAAGUGCUGGUCGGCCUGCUGUCCUCUGAUGACAGCAACAUGCUGACCUGUGCCACGGGCAUCCUGUCCAACCUCACCUGCAACAACACACGCAACAAAACACAGGUGACCCAGAGUAAUGGCGUGGAGGCUCUUAUUCACACCAUCCUGAGGGCCGGUUCAAAACAGGACGUGAUCGAGCCAGCUGUCUGUGCCCUGCGCCACCUCACCAGCCGGCACCCGGAGGCUGAGUCUGCACAGAAUGCCAUACGAAUGCAUUACGGCAUCCCCGCUAUUGUCAAAUUGCUCAAUCAGCCCUACUACUGGCCAGUCGUUAAGGCUGUGGUUGGUCUGAUCCGUAACCUGGCGCUGUGUCCAGCCAAUCAGGCUCCUUUGAGAGACGCUGAAGCCAUUCCCAAACUGGUCACUUUACUUUCGAAAGCUCAUCAGGAUGCACAGAAACACGGUUCAUCUGCUCAACAAACAUACCAGGAUGGGGUGAGAAUGGAGGAGAUUGUGGAGGGCAGCACUGGUGCUCUGCAUAUCAUGGCCAGAGAUCCUAUUAACAAAGCCACCAUUGCCAACAUGGGCACCAUUCCUCUGUUUGUUCAGCUGUUGUAUUCUCCAUUGGAUAACGUCAAGCGUGUGGCAGCUGGUGUUCUGUGUGAACUGGCUCUUGAUAAACAGUCGGCUGAGAUCAUUGAUUCGGAAGGAGCCAAUGCUCCUCUCAUGGAGCUCCUCCACUCCAGCAAUGAAGGGAUCGCUACCUAUGCUGCUGCUGUUCUCUUCCGAAUUUCUGAGGACAAAAACUCAGACUAUAAGAAACGAGUAUCAGUGGAGCUCACGCACUCACUCUUCAAACACGACCCUGCUUCUUGGGAGAUGAGUUUGCCAAUAUAA